GUAUUUGAUGGGAAAGGCAAACUAAGUGCAAGGGCUAAUUAGCAUAUCAAAAGAAGUUCAAGGACUAAUUGAAGGACUACCCAAAACAAAAAGUGGAAACUUUGCAGAGGGAGACGGGGACACGCCGACCACCACCGCACCAAAUUAGUUGCGGUUGCGUCUCAUUACAUUUGAAGCCUAAGAAACCGCCGACCCAACUCUUACUUGUCGGCAACCACACGAGAGUGUCUGUCUCCCUGUUGGAUUUAGUACCAGAAAGUAUUGAACUUUUCAGUCCUUGAAGACUGCGACGACGACGACUGCAACGCGGCCGGCGAUGUCAAACUAUGAAUCAAGCUGAUAGUGAGAAGCACAAUUGAAGAUCAGAACCCCCACGAAUUCAGCAGCGGAGAUAAGCUGAAUUUAAGGCAUCCCCAGAAGAUCAAAUGUUGGUCCAGGAUCGGGCAGUGCCAAAAUCACCGAAAUCGCCGAAAUCCCAGAUCAGAGCUCUCCCAACGCUGCACCGGAACCACCACCGUUUCUCCGAGGCCAAAAGCCUUGACUUUUCGACAUGGGUUGCUGAUAAUUUCUACAAAAUUGUUACAAUAUGUAUCCUAAUAUUCACCGUUGCAGCAGUCUUCUUCCUCUACAACUCCACCGAGACAGCUUCUUUUCUCCGGCUCCAGUCCAAGACGCAGCAGUCUCUUGAUUCCAUCUCUCUCCCUCAAAUGAAGUGGAAUUCGAUCGCGACCAUUAGUGAUAAGUCGUCUCCUUACGCCAAUUUUCGAUCAGAGCAAUGGAUUGUAGUGUCUGUGUUGGAUUAUCCGUCUGAUUCGUUGAAGAAGAUGCUCAAGAUUAGAGGGUGGCAGAUGUUGGCAAUUGGGAAUUCCAGGACGCCCAAGGAUUGGAGCUUGAAAGGUGCCAUUUUUUUGUCCUUAGAUGAGCAAGCUAAUUUGUGGUUCCGUGUUGUGGAUUAGUCGCCGUAUGAUUCUUAUGUUAGGAAGAGUGUGGAUUAUUUGUUUGCUAUCCAACAUGGUGCAAAAAAGAUCUUUGAUUGUGAUGAUCGUGGGGAGGUGACACUACAGAAAAAAUGAUUUUUAGUGAC